AUGCCGACCCUCUCCUUGAUCAAUUUUAACAUCGUUUGUGCCACGUUGGGCGGGUUUAUUUCGAUCUUCGGAUUGGUAUCGUAUCUGUUCAAGGAGAGAUUCUAUUUGUCUGAAGCAUUGAUUUCCCUCCUUGCUGGAGUCGUCUUCUCCCCACAUGCCGCCAACUUUAUCAGACCCCACGAGUAUGCGUUGGGUUCGGAGCAUAAUCUCGAGGAGAUCACCCUGUACUUCGCCCGCCUCGUGCUUGGCGUUCAACUAGUCCUCGCUGGAGUCCAGCUUCCCAAACGCUAUCUCCAGCUCGAAUGGCGGAGCUUAUCGCUUCUACUGGGGCCCGGCAUGGCCGCCAUGUGGAUGUGCAGCAGCUUGGUCAUCUGGGCUAUGGUUCCGAAGUUUGAGUUCCUUCAUGCUCUCGUAGUCGGUGCCUGCGUGACACCCACUGAUCCGGUGCUGUCGAACUCCAUCGUGAAAGGGAAGUUUGCCGACAAAAACGUACCUCGUCCCCUGCAAAGAAUUAUUGUUGCCGAAUCGGGUGCCAACGAUGGCCUUGGGUAUCCCUUUCUCUUUUUUGGUCUAUACCUUCUCAAAUACACCGGAAUGGGUGGUGAAGGGUAUAGUGGAGGGGCCGGAAAGGCAAUGGGGCUGUGGUUCUACGAAACCUGGGUGUAUAUUGUCAUCCUGAGCGUCGUCUAUGGAAUCACCGUCGGCUGGAUUUCGCGAGAACUGCUUCACUGGGCCGAGGAGAAGCGCUAUGUCGACCGCGAGAGCUUCCUCGUCUUUGCAAUCGCGCUUUCGCUAUUCAUUGUGGGAACAUGCGGGUUGAUCGGGACUGACGACCUGCUUGCCUGCUUUGUGGCCGGGAAUGUCUUCACCCAAGAUGACUGGUUCCGUCUGGAAACCAUGGACGAUUCGUUGCAGCCAACUAUUGAUAUGCUUCUGAACUUGGCUGUCUUCAUGUGGUUCGGCGCUGUCUGCCCAUGGUCCUCGUUCCUAAACAAUGAUAUCAUUCCUAUCUAUCGCCUGAUCUUCUUGGGAGUUUUGAUCCUGCUCGUUCGCCGCGUGCCGAUCGUCUUGGCGAUGCACAAAUAUAUCCACCAGAUCGAGAAUCUCUUCCAAGCUGCCUUUGUCGGUUUUUUUGGGCCUAUUGGCGUCGGGGCCGUCUUCUAUCUCUCCGUCGCUCGAGAGUUCCUGGGUCAGAUCGCCGGUCCUAACGGACACAUUCGAGAGGAUGCCCAGCGCGUCUCGGAGACCGUCAACGUGGUGGUCUGGUUUUUAGUCAUCUGCAGUAUCGUGGUCCACGGCCUUUCCAUUCCCCUGGCCAAAGCAGGAUAUCAUAUUCCACGCACGAUCUCCAACGCGAUCAGUACCAGUACUACUGUUGAGGCGGAACCGGUCUCGAUCCCAAACGUCCACAAUACCCGCAGUACUGCAACCCGAGACGUCGAGUCCACCAACCCGCGAGGACGAAAACGCCCUUCUUCACGCAAACCGCCGCCGCCAACUGUCUUUCAGAUCGGCCGAUCGGUCAUACGCUCUCCCCCGCCAGAUCAGCCCCCGCUGGGCACCGGGCAUGCCGAAGAACCCGAGCGCCCGGUGAGGCUGAUCAACGCCGAAAGCGAAAGCGAGGCGCCAUCAGAAGUGCCCCAAUCGCGGACCGUUGGCGAGUAA